AGGUAUCUUCACGUACGAUUGUUUAUGUUCCGUCUGGUCUUGUCAGCGGCGCUUUUCCAUUCAAGUGGCCAGGACACCCCAUCGAAGACAGAUCCCUCGAUGGAGUCAGCGAUGCGACAAGACGUCCUGGAUAAAGGUGUCAAUCUGUGCGUGUCAUCGGCCAACGACCUCGUCGAACUAAUUACGUCCAAUCUACACAUCCACGAUGAUAUCCUUCCUCCAUUCUGGCACAAUGUUUUCUGUAUGUGCUCCCAUAUCACCCAUUAAAUGCCGGUUACUGACCUAUCACCUCACCUAGACAUGCAUAGCUGUGCAAUU